CAACAAGAAAGUGAAAAAUUUAAAGCCAAAAUAGAUCCUAAAGCACCGAACCUCAAGAGUAAAAACGCAGGAGGAGCAGAAAGCCAGAAACAAGGAAGAAGAGGAGGAGAUCCGCAACCACCGAUUCCAAAUGCGAUUCCACUCUUCGUUUCCCCUCUCAUAUUGAUAGACCUGCUUGUUAAUAGCAAUACUCAAUACUAAUCGAACGUUCUCUUUCAUCUAAUCAUAUUAUAAGAAACCCUAAUACUGGAACAAAGCUCUCCGAUUCCUCCUUGUUAUUGUUCAAUCCCAGCUUUUUCUAUACAUGUAUUUAUAAUAGUCAGGCACAUGAAGCUGUUCAAUGCAGCGUAUCAAUGAUGGUGGUAAGUUAUUCCCUUGUUCGCUCCUCCAACUUGAUCCUCUCAUGGAACCUUGGUUUAUGUCAUGACUUUUAUUGUUUAUGCUUUGACAUAGACUACAAAUUCUCAUUCGAAGACCUCAAUUCCUACUGAAAUACUUAUAUUACGUCAUUCAAGCUUCAUCCGUUUCGAAUUGGACCUGGAUUGGAAUUGGACAUGGAAAACGAGGUGAUCGAAUUCGACAUAGGACUAGGAGGCGGUGGAGAUGAUUCAGUAGCGAUUAUCGACGAUGAAGAGAUGACUGAUGAUUCUCCCACCGCCGCCAUGGUCGGAACCAGCAGUGGGAGUCUCUUCUUCGAUACUUCAACUUACGUUCCUCAACGCGACCUGGAUCUCGAGCCUUUUGAGGGGAUGGAAUUCGAAUCUGAAGAAGCUGCCAAGGGUUUCUAUAACUCAUAUGCUCGUCGUGUAGGGUUCAGCACCCGUGUUAGCUCCUCCCGUAGGUCCAGGAAAGAUGGAGCCAUCAUACAGAGAUCCUUUGUUUGUGCAAAAGAAGGAUUUCGCAACCUAAAUGAGAAACGAACCAAAGAUAGAGAGAUUAAACGACCUAGAACUGUCACCAGAGUAGGUUGCAAAGCAUCAAUGUCUGUGAAGAUUCAGGAUUCAGGGAAAUGGAUUGUGUCAACGUUUGUGAAAGAGCAUAACCAUGAAUUAGUUCCACCGGACCAAGUCCACUGCCUGAGAUCCCAUCGCCAAAUCUCUGGUCCUGCUAAAACUCUGAUUGAUACUCUUCAGGCUGCUGGAAUGGGUCCCCGGAGAAUCAUGUCAGCCUUGAUCAAAGAGUAUGGUGGCAUCAGUAAAGUCGGAUUCACAGAGGUAGAUUGUAGAAACUACAUGAGGAACAACAGGCAAAGAAGUUUAGAAGGAGACAUACAGCUUCUCCUUGAUUAUCUCAAGCAGAUGCAAGCAGAAAAUCCAUCAUUCUUCUAUGCUGUCCAGGGGGAUGAAGAACAGUCAACAGGUAAUCUCUUCUGGGCUGACACAAAAGCAAGAUCCAACUACACUCACUUUGGGGAUACAUUCACAUUUGACACCACCUACAGAUCAAACAGGUAUCGUUUACCCUUUGCACCUUUCACUGGAAUCAAUCAUCAUGGUCAACCCGUGUUAUUCGGCUGUGCUUUUCUCAUAAACGAAUCCGAAUCCUCAUUCGUUUGGCUUUUCAAAACAUGGGUUUCAGCCAUGUCCUCCCGCCUCCCAGUAUCAAUCACCACAGAUCAUGAUACAGUCAUUCGAUCAGCCAUCAUGCAAGUUUUUCCUGACACUCGUCACCGUUUCUGCAAAUGGCACAUCUUCAAGAAAUGCCAGGAAAAGUUAUCUCACGUGUUCCUCAAAUACCCAAAUUUCGAAGCGGAUUUCCAUAAAUCCGUGAAUUUAACCGAUUCAGUUGAUGAAUUUGAAGCUUGUUGGUUGUCACUUGUUGAUAAAUAUGAUCUUAGUGAUCACGAUUGGCUUCAAGCAAUCUACACCUCACGUAAACAAUGGGUUCCUGUCUAUUUACGUGACACUUUCUUUGCAGAAAUGUCUAUAACCCAAAGAAGUGAUAGCAUGAAUUCUUAUUUUGAUGGGUAUAUAAACGCAUCAACAACUCUAAAUCAAUUCAUAAAGUUAUACGAAAAAGCAUUGGAAAGCCGAAAUGAGAAGGAAGUGAAAGCGGAUUAUGACACAAUGAACUCCCUCCCUCUUUUAAGAACUCCAUCUCCAAUGGAAAAACAAGCAUCCGAACUCUAUACAAGAAAAAUCUUCAUGAGAUUUCAAGAGGAAUUAAUCGGGACACUUACUUUAAUGGCAUCCAAAGUUGAAGACAACGGUGAGGUGACAACAUAUCAAGUUUCAAAAUUUGGUGAAGACAACAAAUCUUACAGUGUCAACUUCAAUGUUCUUGAAAUGAGAGCUACUUGUAGUUGCUGUAUGUUUGAAUUUUCGGGUCUUUUAUGCAGACAUGUUUUGGCUGUUUUUAGAGUGACAAAUGUUCUUACACUUCCUUCAUGUUAUAUUUUGAAAAGAUGGACAAUAAAUGCAAAGAGUAGCGUGAUACUUGAAGAAAGAGGUAAUGAUGCGUUUUCUGGUUAUUUAGAGUCGCAUACUGUGAGGUAUAAUACCCUUCGGCAUGAAGCUUUUAAAUUUGUGGAAGAAGGGGCUGAAUCUGUUGAUACAUAUAAUGUGGCCAUGGUUGCUUUGGAAGAGGCUGCAAGGAAAGUUGCCAUGUCAGCAAAAAAUGAAGGAACAGGUUUUAUGGUUAAUGGGCGUAGCAGGGAAGAUUCUAGAAGCAAUGGGACACUGACAAAAAUGGAUAUUGGUAAUCAUUGUGGACAUUUGGAUCAGAAUUUAUCAGAGGAUGAGAUGGAUAGGAAGAUUGAAGAACUUAAGCAAGAGGUGGAUUCAGGUAGGAGAAAGUGUGAAGUUUAUAGGAGCAACUUGGUUUCAGUUUUGAGAGACAUUGAAGACCAUAAACAACAGCUAUCACUUAAAGUCCAGAUCAUAAAGUAUAGUAUGAAAGAUUGCUUGUAAGUAAACAAAACAAAGUAAAGUUUCUUCUUUUUCUCUUAUUAUAGCUAUAGCUGUAGCUGUUUUCUUGGCUGAAAGAGUAUUCUUUGAUGAUGCCCAAUUGCCCAUGCCCAACAUAUAUGUAUAGUUUCCUUAUCAUUAUUAUUAUUAUGAUUAUUCCAUCCA